UUUGGCAGAGAUUUGGCUUAUCAUUAUCCCACUUGCGAUCUUCUAAUUACUGCUGCAUCAUAUGAAGUAUAUCGAUUAAACUUAAAUCAAGGCCGAUUUUUAAACCCUAUUUCUACUGAUGCCACAUCUGGAGUCAAUGUUUGUGCAAUAAAUCCAGCUCAUCAACUUUUUGGAUUUGGAACACAAGAUGGCGUUGUAGAAUUUUGGGAUCCUCGAUCACGAUCUCGUGUUGGAUUAUUAGCGCCUUCUUUUCCAGUAGAAGAAUCUAAUGAGCAGGGAUUUCAAGUUACCGCAAUGUCAUACAGAAAUGAUGGACUUUCUUUGGCAGUAGGAACUUCAUCGGGUCACAUAUUGUUAUAUGAUCUAAGAAGUUCCUCACCAUGGUUAGUCAAAGAUCAUCAAUAUGGUGACGGUGGCCGAGGAAAAGUAAUUAGUGCAGAUUGCAAAAUUAUGAAAAUAUGGGAUCGGGAAAAUGCAAAACUUAUAUCAAAUCCAUUCGCUUAUACGGAAUAUCGAGAAAAAGUUAUUAAAGAGAAAUUAGAAGCGAAGCGCGAGUCACGUAUACGUGCAACUAAACAAUUGCCUAAAGUUAACAAGGAUUUAGCAAAUCGAUUGUUACGUUCAUCUGAGAAAAAGAAGAAAGGAGCCCAGGAAGCGACAACCCUUCUCCAAGACAAAAGAUUUAUCGAACUAUUCACCAACCCAGAAUAUGAAGUUGACAAGAACACUACGGAAUAUCAAUUGUCUCACCCUACCGAGUAG